AUGGCUCGCGAUAUCUUGAAAGCCGCUCAGUCGGCAUCCCAUGUGGUCUCAAUUUCACAGAAAUACUCAGUUCGGUCCACUGGUAUUUGGGAACGUCUUCGUCAUCUUCUCGCCGUUGAUGCCAAUCGCUCCACUGGUGUCCCAUUGAACUCGCAGUAUCGCCUCCCAACCCCGGGUUCUUUGCCUCCUCUUUCUUACGAUGAUCCUGUCACUUUACCGGCCGGUGACAUCGCCGACAACCCAUACUGGAAACGUGAUACUCGAAGAAAUUACCCUCAGCUGAGCACCGUCAGCCAGGCUGAUGCAGUGAGUCUUCUCACGGUUGGAAGUCAGGCUGCUCCCAAGGAUGAUGUCCUGCAGAUUGGUGAAGCAGGCGAGAAGCAGCUAGUUGAAGUCAGAGAGCAAGGUGAAGAACGCGGCUUGGCUGCUCUGUUCGAGAAAGAUAAGAAGAGCAUUCAGGGUGUAUUGGCAGCCAAUGGCUUGCCCCCUACCCCAUGCAAUCUGAACACUGCUCCUCUUUCCUCACAGCCCAAGUAUGAGAUUGACCGCGAUCACGGUUAUCCUGAUGUGUAUCCCUGCCGCACCUUUGUCUGA